GUGCGUCAAGACGUCAUGACGUCACGCCUCCUCUCCCCGGUCAGUCUCUCUGAUGGUUCCGUUAACCGACACAUGGCCGCAGCCGGCAGCCAUGAACCCAACAACAACAACUACUGACGAUGUUUAACUAGCAGCUCUACAGGUUCCUCCAUAGAUUAUUCCUCUACCGGCCGGCUGUCAGCACCGAGCCUCCGGUUCACUCUGCUCCGGUACCUCCCGGUUCUCCCGGUUCUCCCGGUUCUCCCGGUUCUCCGGUUCUCCUCCUCCUCCUGAUGGGCGUCCAGGGCUUCCAGGAGUUCAUCGAGAAGCAGCUGCCGGGCUGCGUGGUUCCGGUGGAGCUGCAGCAGCAGAGAGCUCCUCACAGCCCGCUGCGGCUGCUGGUGGACGCGGAGAACUGCCUGCACCGGCUGUACGGAGGCUUCUACACGGACUGGGUCAGCGGCGGCCAGUGGAACCACAUGCUGGGCUACCUGUCCGCGCUGUCCAAGGCCUGCUACGCCGGCAACAUCCAGCUGCUGGUCUGCUUCAACGGGGCGCUGGAGAAAGGCCGGCUGCACGAGUGGGUGAAGCGGCAGGUGACGGAGCGGCAGACCGCCCAGCAGAUCAUCAGCCACCUCCAGAACAAGGGCACUCCUCCACCCAAAGUCUGGUUCCUGCCUCCGGUCUGCAUGGCCCACUGCAUCCGCCUGGCGCUGCUCCGGUUCCGCGUCGGGGUUGUCCAGAGCAUGGAGGACCACCACUUGGAGGUGAUGGCCUUGUGCCGGGAGAACGGCUUCCACGGCCUGCUGGCCUACGACUCGGACUACGCUCUGUGCAACAUCCCGUUCUACUUCAGCGCCCACGCCCUCAAACUGAGCCGCAACGGCAAGAGCCUCACCACCAGCCAGUACCUGAUGCACGAAGUGGCCCGGCAGCUCGACCUCAACCCAAACCGCUUCGUCAUCUUCGCGUCUCUUUUAGGGAACCACAUACUGCCUGAUGAAGACCUGGCUGCCUUCCACUGGAGCCUGCUGGGUCCAGAGCAUCCGUUAGCAUCUCUGAAGGUGCGCGCCCACCAGCUGGUGCUCCCCCCCUGUGAUGUCGUAAUCAAAGCCGUGGCCGACUACGUCCGCAACAUCCCCGACAUCGCCGACCUGGAGGCCGUCGCCAAGGACAUCUUCAAGCAUUCACAGACGUGCACCGAUGACAAAGUGGUCCGCUUCAAGAAGGCGGUGGAUUAUUACUCAGUGACCAGCAGACCGCCUCCCUUCCCUCCACAGUUAGUCAGACCAAAACCAGCAGGAGUUUCUGCUGCAGCGCCGUUUCCCAGAACGCUCAACAUUCCUCAGGUGCCGCUGCCUGUAAAGCCUGCCGGGGUCCAGCUCUCGUACCCGGAUCCUCUGGUGGAGCGCAGCCCAGCUCUGGACUCGGUGGAGAAGGGCCUCUCGCAUCAGAACAGCUUCAGCAACAUUCCUCCAGAAGGGAAGCACACGCCGCUGUACGAGAGGUCCUCUCCCAUCAACCCGGGCCCCAACCACACAGAGGCUGCUUUCUUCAACGCCUCCUCCACCUCCACCUCCUCCUCCUCGGAGAACGACGAGAGCUCCGGCACAACUGCCAAUCAUGUUAGUGACCACAAGGGAGGAUGGGAGAAAAACGGACCUACUGCAGACCCACCAGAGGGAGGAGACCUGGCGGACCAAACACAGGCCGACCUCUUUGUGACCCCCGCCGUGAUCCCGGGGUCACAGGCCCGAGGCCUCCACGGCCUGAACGCCCAGAUCCCCUCGCUGCUCUCCAUGCCCACCAGGAACCACAUGGACAUCACCAUCCCGCCCCUCCCCGCCGUGGCCCCCGAGGUCCUCCGGGUGGCCGAGCACAGACACGGGAAGGGCCUCAUGUACCCGUACAUCUACCACGCUCUCACCAAGGGAGAGAUUAAGCUCUCCGUCACCAUCGAAGACGAAGCUAACAAAGACCUGCCUUCAGCGGUGCAGCUGUUCCGGCCGAUCCGUCAGUAUGUUUACGGAGUUCUCUUCAGCCUGGCCGAGGCCAGGAAGAAGGCUGAGAGACUCGCCAUGAGGAAGAACUGCCUCCCUGAAUACACUCAGGUCCUGGUCAAAGAGUGGGCCGCCUACAAAGGGAAGUCUCCCCACACUCCAGAGCUGGUGGAGGCUCUGCCCUUCAGGGAGUGGACCUGUCCCAACCUCAAGAAGCUGUGGCUGGGGAAGGCCACCGAGGACAAGAACCGCAGGAUGAGAGCCUUCCUGGCCUGCAUGCGCUCCGACACGCCGGCCAUGCUGAACCCAGCCAACGUGCCCACGCCCCUCAUGGUGCUCUGCUGCGUGCUGCGGUUUAUGUUACAUUGGCCGGGAGUAAGAAUUUUGCGUCGUAACGAACUUGACGCUUUCCUAGCCCAAGCACUUUCUCCUAAACUUUAUGAGCCUGACCAGCUGCAGGAACUGAAGAUCGACAACCUGGACCCUCGAGGAGUCCAGCUGGCGGCUCUGUUCAUGAGCGGCGUGGACAUGGCGCUGUUCGCCAACGACGCGUGCGGACAGCCGAUCCCGUGGGAGCACUGCUGUCCCUGGAUGUACUUUGACGGCAAGCUGCUUCAGAGUAAACUCAUCAGGGCCAACAGGGAGAAGGCCCAGCUCAUUGACCUCUGUGAUGGUCAGGCUGAGCUGGUUGCCAAAGUGGAGAAGAUGCGUCAGAGCAUCCUGGAAGGUCUCAACUUCACUCGGCCUCCUCACCCUCCUCCGUUCCCCCCCCUGCCGCCGCCGCCUCACGGGAUGCCUUUCUACCCCCUCGCUGGCUCCUUCUACCCCCCGCCGCACCCCAUGAUGCCUCCUCAGGGGAGACUCAGAGGGAUGCCUGCACUUGAAGGAAUCUCCUCGCAGGGCGGGAAGCUGGAGAUAGCCGGCACCGUGGUGGGUCAGUGGGCCGGGACCCGACGCUGCCGAGGAAGAGGAGGCUUCCCCGUCCAGGUGGUGUCCGUCGGUGGACCCAACAGAGGUCGUCCCAGAGGAGUGAUCUCCACGCCCGUCAUCAGGACGUUCGGUCGGGGAGGAAGGUUCCAGGCUCGAGCCUUCAAGAGUCAGGUAGUCUUCCUGAGUAAACCCGCUCAUAAGCCGGCUCAUACGUCUGCACAUGAUGCGGAGGAGAAGGAGAGAAAGAAUCCCAAACCUGAGGAGACAAAGUCUUCCCCGGUCCCGCUCGACGACGGCUCGACCGCGGAGAACGGCGUGGAGGAGGACAAAGAGCUGGACCGGCUGAAUGGAGACAAAGGGGACCGCGGGGCUCUCAUCCAACCUGAAAGUGCCUUUAGCAGCGACUCCAAGACGUGCAACAACUCUAACGCUCACUUAAAUGCACUAAACGUAGACGGCGGCUGCCACAGAGACGAAGGUCUGGAGGCCGCCGCCGUCUUCAAACAAGAAGAGUAAUGUUAUUUUUCUAGAGAGGGUGAAGGAUGAAAGGUAGAGCCGGGUUAGGAGAUCUGAACGCCUCCAGAGAGUCACAUAAAGAUGAAAUCCCUCUCAGUAAACACAUGAGAUAGUUUAAGGAGUCGUUCACUCCGUCACCAACAUGGUUAUGAGGAUGAUACGUUUUCUUUUUCAGUAGAAUAUUAAAGCUCCGAGAAGCUUUAUUAAUUUGAGUUCUUAUAGGUUGAUGCUACGUCACCAUAGUACCGUUGUCAAUUUUGUGUUGUCUGCUUAACGAACGCCAAACGGUGUAACGAGGAAAUGCAACCACUUUGUGUUUUAUUGAAGCGACUCUGUCCGUCGGUUCAGAGGAGCUGAACUCAUUUAGCUGUAACGUUUAAAGAAACGUCUCUAAAAAUCAGACGCAAAAAGAUCAAACUCUGAUGCUCAACUGGAGUCAGACGUGUUAACCGCUUCAACAGAAACCUUCUGCAUGGUUCACAGGUCCAACAGGUGUGUAGUUAUUAUGCAUGUCGUCCUUUUUCUUCCAUCUUUACGAGUGACUUUAAACGAGCGGCUAAACAUCAGCAACGCCCCAUAAAAAGGUGUUAACUGUUUGAUUUGUUCUGACCUUGACGUUAUCUACCCCACUUUGAAUUAAUAAUAGUGUAUUCACACAGUAUUGUUCUGUCUGCUGUUUUUCUGCAUUAGUCAAAAGAAAAUCACAUAAAAAGCUUUAAUGAAAAUCACCUCUUUCUGUAGCUGAAGGCAACGAGCUCGACCUUCCGAUUAGCCGUCAGCCUGUAAUCAACUCUGAGACUUUAGUGUUGUUUUCACUU